AUGACAAACGGCGGAUCUGAGCGUCCUGCGUCACUGAGAAAGCAAGACACCGCUUCCUUCUCACACAAGAUAUCGUCAACCAAACAACUCUCCUCAUCGCAGCCGCAGGCAUCAGCUUGUCCUUCCUUUAGGAUCUAUUACUACGAUGGAGCUGCCGGUUCCAUCCCUUUCGAAUGGGAAUCUCAUCCUGGUACUCCCAAACAUCCCUCCUCCGAGCUGCCUCCGCCACUUCCUCUCACCCCUCCGCGGUCUCAUUUUUCCUUCUCUGGCAACCAUAUCCGCCGUGGCUCGAAAGAACCCAUCAAAAAAAUCCUCGCACUAAUCCCCAACAGGCUCUUCUGGUUAUCAUCAGGUGGUCUUAAGAAUAAGGUCACGAAACGGUCCGGUUCGUCACAGCCCUCUCUGUCCGAGAGGGUGCUGAUUGCUGACAAUGAGUACCAUCUGUUCAAGUUUCAGACAAAAGGGAAGGUCAUUAAAAAAAUUUCAUCGUUCGACUCUUCUACUGAUCACUGCCCCACCAUUCCCAGCUCACAAUCCACCUCUUGCUUCGGAAUUCGAAUCUGGUAA